CCAAAAUCUCUAACAUCGACCCACUAACUUUUCCGACCCCUCAGAAAGAAACCCCAAUAAUAAUAUAUAUAAAAAGGAAUCACAUGGCGAUCAAGCCCAAGAGCAUCACUACGGACGGGAAGCGGGAGAUGACGAUGCAAGAGUUCAGAACGUGGCUGGGAAGGUUCGACACCGACAAAGAUGGCAAGAUCAGCAGACAAGAGCUGUCGGACGCCGUUCGCGGCGCCGGAGGGAGGUUCGCCUGGUGGAAGUGCCGGCAGGGUCUCCGGUCAGCCGACUCCGACGGCAACGGUUACAUAGACGCAAACGAGAUUAACAACCUUGUCGAUUUCGCCCAGAAGCAUCUCGGUGUCCGAAUCGUCAAUUUCUGAAUUUCGAGCCCAUCUUUCUUGUAUAUAUGGGCCGGCCCACAGCGUGCGCUUCGAGCCCAAGGUUCAAACUCAUUAUGUGUGUAUGGAAUGGUUACUCUUCGUGUAUGAUGUCUGUUGCAUCUUAAACUCGAGUUCUGGAUGCUACAGAUUGAUGCUCGAGUUAUAGGUUCUUCGUCAACCUUCGGCAUAAUACUCUAAGCUGAAUUUGGUUGUUUAAUUAUUAAUGAAGGUUUUGCUUUGAAGUGGUACUACGGUGUGUGUAUGUACUUAUCCCAAAGUUUGAAUCGUCUUGCUGUGAUUGAAAUUAAUAAAUGUUUUAUGUAUAA